AUGGUGGUGGUACCCCCCACCGCCACUGCCACCACCGCACCUGCUGCUGCUGUCACAGCCACUGUUGUGAUGACCACAGCCACCAUGGACCUGCGGGACUGGCUGUUCCUCUGCUACGGGCUCAUCGCCUUCCUGACAGAGGUCAUCGACAGCACCACCUGCCCCUCGGUGUGCCGCUGCGACAAUGGCUUCAUCUACUGCAACGACCGGGGGCUCACCUCCAUCCCCGCAGACAUCCCUGAUGAUGCCACCACCCUCUACCUGCAGAACAACCAGAUCAACAAUGCCGGCAUCCCCCAGGACCUCAAGACCAAGGUCAGCGUGCAGGUCAUCUACCUGUAUGAGAACGACCUGGACGAGUUUCCCAUCAACCUGCCCCGUUCCCUGCGGGAGCUGCACCUGCAGGAUAACAAUGUGCGCACCAUCGCCAGGGACUCGCUGGCCCGCAUCCCACUGCUGGAGAAGCUGCACCUGGAUGACAACUCCGUGUCCACUGUCAGCAUCGAGGAGGACGCCUUCGCUGACAGCAAACAGCUCAAGCUGCUCUUCCUGAGCCGCAACCACCUGAGCAGCAUCCCCUCGGGGCUGCCCCACACGCUGGAGGAGCUGCGCCUGGAUGACAACCGCAUCUCUACCAUCCCGCUGCACGCCUUCAAGGGCCUCAACAGCCUGCGGCGCCUGGUGCUGGAUGGCAACCUGCUGGCCAACCAGCGCAUCGCUGAUGACACCUUCAGCCGCCUGCAGAACCUGACGGAGCUCUCGCUGGUGCGCAACUCGCUGGCCGCACCGCCCCUCAACCUGCCCAGCGCCCACCUGCAGAAGCUCUAUCUGCAGGACAAUGCCAUCAGCCAUGUCCCCUACAACACGCUGGCCAAGAUGCGUGAACUGGAACGGCUAGACCUAUCCAACAACAACCUCACCACGCUGCCCCGUGGUCUGUUUGACGACCUGGGCAACCUGGCCCAGCUGCUGCUCAGGAACAACCCCUGGUUCUGCGGCUGUAACCUCAUGUGGCUGCGGGACUGGGUGAAGGCGCGAGCGGCCGUGGUCAACGUGCGGGGCCUCAUGUGCCAGGGACCCGAGAAGGUCCGGGGCAUGGCCAUCAAGGACAUCACCAGCGAGAUGGACGAGUGCUUUGAGACGGGCUCGCAGGGCGGUGUAGACCACACAGCCGCCAAGACCACGGCCAGCAACCACGCCUCUGCCACCACACCCCAGGGCUCACUGUUCACCCUCAAGGCCAAGAAGCCAGGGCUGCGCCUCCCCGACUCCAACAUUGAUUACCCCAUGGCCACGGGCGAGGGCGCCAAGACCCUGAUCAUCCAUGUGAAGCCCCUGACAGCAGACUCCAUCCACAUCACGUGGAAAGCUAUGCUUCCUGCCUCCUCCUUCCGGCUCAGCUGGCUGCGCCUGGGCCAUAGCCCAGCUGUGGGCUCCAUCACAGAGACCCUGGUGCAGGGGGACAAGACGGAGUACCUGCUCACCGCCCUGGAGCCCAAGUCCACCUACAUCAUCUGCCUGGUCACCAUGGAAACUGGCAACACCUAUGUGGCCGACGAGACGCCUGUGUGUGCCAAGGCAGAGACAGCCGACAGCCAUGGCCCCACCACCACGCUCAACCAGGAGCAGAACGCUGGCUCCAUGGUGGGCCUGCCCCUGGCAGGCAUCAUUGGGGGCGCCGUGGCGCUUGUCUUCCUCUUCCUGGUCCUGGGUGCCAUCUGCUGGUAUGUGCACCGGGCUGGGGAGCUGCUGACCCGGGAGAGGGCCUAUAACCGGGGCAGCAGGAAAAAGGACGAUUACAUGGAGUCAGGGACCAAGAAAGAUAAUUCCAUCCUGGAAAUCCGUGGCCCUGGGCUGCAGAUGCUGCCCAUCAAUCCCUACCGCGCCAAAGAGGAGUACGUGGUCCACACCAUCUUCCCCUCCAAUGGCAGCAGCCUCUGCAAGGGCACACACACCAUCGGCUACGGCACCACGCGGGGCUACCGGGACGGCGGCAUCCCCGACAUAGACUACUCCUACACAUGA